AACAUUGCUUGAGAUAAAGAAGAAUAUAAAAGAUGGCUGACCAACCGUUGAUAAUCAUUCAACAUGAAGGUCUUCAUUGUUCUAGGUUUAGCUGCCCUUGCUUCAGGAGCACCAAGAGUUGGAAAACUCUUGAACUUCGAGCGUUCAACUCCCCUGAGCCGUGGUGGAGGCCAAAUUGUUGGAGGUACUGAGGCUGAGUACGGAGAGUUCCCACAUCAGAUCACUCUUCUCCGUGGAGGUCCUGAUGGCAGCCUCAUGUGUGGAGGAUCUUUGAUCUCUGAGACCUGGGUUGUUACCGCCGCUCACUGCUGUGAUGGCCAGAGUGCCAAAAGACUAGGAGUAGCAGUUGGAAACCAUAGACUUAAUGCCGAUGAUGCCGACCAAGAAAACAUUCAGGUCGCAGAGAUUGUUCAGCACCCCGACUACAACAGCAACACCAUCUCCAAUGAUAUCUGCCUCCUCCGUCUGGAGACUCCCGCCACCUACGGAGCACACGUUGCCGCCAUUGCUCUGCCCUCCGUCAACGAGGAAUACGAUGCCGGAACUGUGUGCACUGUCACCGGAUGGGGAACCACCUCAGCUGGAGGCUCUAUUGCCAACACCUUGAGAAAGGUUGAUGUCCCUGUUGUCUCUGAUGAUGAUUGCCGUGGCUCCUACGGACAGAGCUCCAUCUAUGACUCUAUGAUCUGCGCUGGAUUAGAUGCCGGAGGCAAGGACUCCUGCCAGGGUGAUUCCGGUGGACCAUUCAUGUGCGGAAAGCAACUGUCUGGAGUUGUCUCCUGGGGAUAUGGAUGUGCCGAGGCCGGAUACCCCGGUGUCUACACCCAGACCAGCUACUUCGUUGAAUGGAUUAACAGCAAUACUCUUUAAAAAUUUCAAAUAAAUCUCUACUUCUUUAAAUUU